AUUUCACAUCGAGGAGGUUUUUACAUCCCACCGACUCGGCCUGCUCCCUGAGCGUGACAGCUCGAGGGAUAGAACAUGCUCGACCACAGCUAGACUGGAGCAUACGGCCGGGGGAGGAGGGGCAGCUGAGGGGCAGCCAAACCUGUAAGAAGGACAGGUUAAACAAGGUAUGAAAAUUCUAUCCAAAAAAAAUAACUGAGGCCCACAAACAAUGGACCCGCAGAAAGUGAAUGGCGUUGCUCCAAAAGAAAACGGAAGUCAUAGAAAACCGCCCUCCUAUUCUGUUGAAACCCCCUAUGGAUUUCAUCUAGACCUGGAUUUCGUUAAAUAUGUCGAGGACAUUGAAAAGGGCAACACCAUCAGACGGGUGCAGCUUCAGCGUAGACCGCGGGGGCGAAGCAUUGGCAACCUGUCACGUAACCUCAGCUUACCUGGGUACAGUUGCAGACCCUCUCAGUGGAACUCAACAAAUAUCUUAUUUCCCAGAACUCGACUCGCAGACUCCCAGCAGCCAUGUAGUGAUGGCGAAUCAGCUCGUAUCAGCAAGCAAUCAGAGUCUCCCUCAAACACCUCACAGGCAUUUGAUGAGCAGCUGCUGGGACCAUACGUGAGACCGAAUCUACUGCGAGCCUCCAGUUUACCCCUAACAGUGUUACUGAGAAAAUACUCCACCGAGGACCCGACCAGCCCCAACGGUUCGAGGGAUUUCCUCUCGCAAAACGGUUCUUCAGAGGACGUCUUCCACAGUCCUGGAGGAGUGAACGGAGGGACUUUACAGCAGCUGACUGCAGCUCUACAGAGAGUCGGUGAGCUAGAAGAGGAGAUCAGGAUCAUACCAGAACUUAAAGCACAGAUAUGUAUCUUGCAGGAGGAGCGAGAGAGACUCCUGCACACGUUCCAAUCCGGACCGGACAACACUGUGACUAUGGACUUUCCUAGAAGCACGGUGAAGACGGUGGAGAAGAACAAUAAAGGAAACGAUGACUGGAUGGAUCGGGAGUACGAUCAGCUGGAAGAGAACAUCAAAGCUUCCUCUGAGCAAGUCAAUGCCAUCAUGAUAACCACAGAAAAAAAAUUGCAAGCAACUAAGAGAGAUCCUGAAGCUGAGUCCCUCGUUGAGUCUUUGCAGAAGAAAAUCACGAUGCUAGAGCAGAAGCUUCACGAACUCGAGUCUGAUCUGGAAAAGACAACAAAUCUUCUAAAGGAUCAGGAAAAGGAAAGUCAUUUCAAGGACGAGAGAAUAACCGAGUUGACCAAACGACAUGCAAAGGACAUCUGGGGUCGACCAGACAACGUGAGAAACUCCCCGGACCUACAGAACAAGUCAGAACCGUUUGUGCAGUCGUACUCACCUGAAUCUGAAUCAAGUAAAACUAACCAGGUGGGUUCAGAGGAAGGAUCUAAACCCUGUACAACAAGAGGACCUGCAGGAUCACAAGCAGACAUGGAGGACCAUGUGAAAAAAGUCAGAGAGCUCCUUCAGGAGCAGUGGGAGUGUCUUUGCAGAGACAAAGAAUCAGGACAAGGUCAGUCAUCUGAACAUCUACCACCACGAGUCUGCUUCAUCCAAACACAGCUGGUCUCUUUAGUCGACCUCCUUACACUCUAUAUAUCUCCUGUAGGAGAUGUUCAACUAUCAGCUCAGGAGUCCACGAUGGAGGACCAAAUAUCUGUGGCGAAGGCAGCGGAAUUUCAUAAACCAGACAAUGGAAAAGAUUGCGCUUCUGGUGAAGUAGAGGAGGACAACAAAAGGCCUAAGGAUCUUGCUGAGAUGAGGGUUAAUCAAAAGAGUUCCCAAACUGAAGAGCUGCCAAGUUCUACACUGUACACCAGAACACAAGAGUUUAUCGGAGAAAGCGGCGCAGAGGCCUCACACUUGAGAGUGGCUGAAGGACAUCACGACGAGCUGGACAGGAUACGUGAAGCUCAACGUCCAGAAUUUCAGGCGGUAGAAAAAGAGGAGAAGCAGAAUGGCAGAGGUUCAGGAGCUGAAUCAGAAGAAGCAUUACAUGGUGAAGGAAGAAGGGGGGUAGUGACUGAGUUCAUGAGUGCGUGUCACUUCUUAGAGAAGCACAUGGAUGAAGUCUCUGAACCAAAUGAUGAAAUGAGGCAGGCUCUGACUGUGGUGUUCCAGCAGUGGUUCCACGUGUGUGCUGAGGAGAACUCGUGCACUGACAAGGUCGCUCUGUACCUUAAUGAAGUGGCCACAGAAACCCCUGCUGUGCUGCAGUUCCUGGUCAACAUGAUGGACGAUAACGGGAACACUGCCCUACAUUACAGCGUGUCCCACUCCAACUUCAGCAUUGUGAAGCUCCUCUUGGACACGGGUGUGUGUGAUGUGGACCUGAAGAAUAAGACCGGGUACACAGCAGUAAUGUUGGCGUGUCUCCAGCCGCUGGACACUGAUAUGGAUAUAAAGGUGGUCCAGCAGCUGAUGGAGUUAGGUGAUGUUAACACUCGCGCAGGUCAGGUGGGUCAGACAGCUCUCCACCUGGCGGUCAGACACGGCCGAGCGUCCACGGUGAAACUCCUCCUGGCUCACGGAGCCAACGUUAACACUCAGGAUCAAGCAGGAACCACGGCUCUGAUCAGCGCCUGCGACCGCGGACACGCCGACAUCGUCCGAAUUCUUCUGCAGGAUCCUGACUGUGAUGUCAACCUCACAGAUAAGGGAAGUCGCAGCGCUCUGUCUCUGGCCACACAGGCGUCACACACAGAGAUCGCAGACCUGCUGAAGGCUCGGAGCACCAGCGCUAAAACCCAAGACAAAUGUAAGAUGGCUUAGAGAUGACAACUGGAUGCUUGAACUCGUACUGGAACAUCUACGGCUUUCCUUGUGUAUCUGUCAUCAUAAUUCGCUUCAUUUCACUUAAUAAGGUGUUUUUAUGAUCAAAUAUUAUUAUUUUUAUUAUUAUAAUUAUAGCAAGGCUUUGUUUAGAACGACGACUGAACUGUAAAUUGUUUGCGCCGGAAUAUUCUUACGGUAGACUUUCGUUCUCCAGGUCUCUAAACUGCAGCUCUAUCGUCUCCUCUAUAACCCUCAGCUUGUGUUCUGUGGUCACUACCUUCCUUUGUCUCGAGUUACUUCCUGUUCAAUUAUAGCAGCUAUAAACAGUGGUUCCUUCACCAGCUUCUCUUUAUUCUCUCUCCACGUUAAUAAGAGAAAAAAACACACAUCCUGUUCCAGCUUGACCUCUGACUGGUACACAGGGCUGACACUGGAGACUCCUUCAGCACUUCAGUGUGUGUGUGUGUGUGUGUGUGUGUGUGUGUGUGUGUGUGUGUCCUGAUGAUAGCUGACAGUAAAUGGAGGCACUACAUCAGUAAUGUAUCCCUCAGUGCACACAUCAUUAAACCCGAAACACAAUCACAUCUCAUUCAUUUUACAUUUAGGAGAGAUUUCAGUGAGACGCCCGAGCAAAAGAAGACGAGGCACAGCUUGGAAAUUGUUUUUAUAACAAUCUAGAAAGUGUGUGUGUGUGUGUGUGUGUGUGUGUGUGUGUGUGUGUGUGUGUGUGUGUGAGAGAGAGAGAGAGAAAGUGAGAGAUUAAAGAGAAGCUUUCAUAAAAUAUUAAAUGUAAUGAAAUUCAAAUAAAAUAAAGUAAAAGGCAGAAAUGCACUGACACACGGCACUAAAACAAGAACCUUCAGUAAAUUAAAAAGUGAUUCAGAUGAAGACGUGUCAGUGAGAACGAGGAAGAAAAAAGAAAGACAAAAACAAACACACCUGAAAAACUUUGGAACAUUAUUAAUAUUUAUAUUUAGGAAAGUCAGAGUCAGUUUAAUACAAAUAAAUUAACUGGCCGACAGUCAGAGUCUAAAAUCUUAUGUACAUUUAUUUUUUUACAUCAUCGUAUCAAAAGUAUUUGUAUGAAAACAGUAAGUGCUCUCACACACACACACACACUCACACACACACACACUCACACACACACACACACUCACACACACACACUCACACACACACUCACACACACACUCACACACACACAC